AGACAAGUGAGAGUGAUAGUGAUGACAAUGAAAAUGUCCCAGCAGAAAUCCUGGAGGAAGCUGAAGCAAUUUCAUUAAAUUUGUUACCAUCUUUAUCUAAAGGCAAAUAUUUAGCAGAGUUUGAUAAUUAUAAUGCAUGGAAAGCUGAAAAAAAAAAUAAAAAAAACGACUGAAGAUGGUUUAUUGGUGUAUUUUAAUGAACUAAAUGAAAAAUACAAGCCAUCAACAAUGUAUUCACGUUAUUCCAUGCUAAGAACAACAAUAUUAAGAAAUGAACAAAUAGACAUAGCCACAUACACAAGAUUAAAAUUUUUUUUAAAAAAAGAAUCAGUUGGUUAUCGUCCAACUAAAUCAAAAGCUUUUACUGCUGCUGAUGUUGAAAGAUUUUUGAAUACAGCCCCAGAAGAUGAAUAUCUAGCAAUAAAGGUUGCUCUUGUACUUUGAAUUUGUGGUGAACUGAGGAGAGCUGAAUUGACUGAGUUAAAAGUAAAAAAUAGUAAAAAAGAAGGUUCUUUAUUUACUGUUAAUAUUAUUAAAAAAAAAUCUCGAACCUCAAUUGUUCACUGUUCACGACAACUUUGUAGAUAUUGUUGAACGUUAUCAAGCUGCACGUCCAAAAUAUGUUCAGACUGAUCGUUUUUUUUUUAAAUACACGAAAGGCAAAUGUGUUCGUCAAGUAAUUGGUCUGAACAUCAUGGGUACAUUACCAAAAAAAAUAGCUUUGUUUUUAAAACUAGAAGAUCCUGAUUUAUAUACUGGCCACUGCUUCAGAAGAACAGCAGCCACUCUUUAUGCUGUUGCUGAUGCAGAUAUAACAGCAUUAAAGAGACAAUUCAAAUAGAAAUCUGAUACUGUUGCCGGUGGAUAUGUUGAUGAUUCAACGAAACAAAAACUCAAAGCUGGUAGAAUGAUAACUAAAGAAAUAAAAUUAAAAUCAAAAAAUACAAACAUAACAACAGAUGAAAUACAAUGUAAAAGAACAAAGUAUGAUGCAAAUAAUAAUGAAAAUGAUAAUUUAAACAGUCAACAAACUAACAUUGAUUGUUUAACAAUGAGCAAUGAUAAUGCAUCAACAUCCACUGGUAAAACAGCAGUUCCAGAUAAAAAAGGUGUUACAAUUGUUUACAAUUUGUUAAAUUGUACUAAUUUGACAUUUUAAAAUUAAAAAAUGUAAUAUGCCAAAAAAAAAAAAAA